CAUGAAACGAUCGGGUGGCAGUGAGAGCGAGAAGAGAAGAAAGAGACGCAGGCUGCUGCAGGAGCUAGGAGACCAGCGCAUCCCCUACCUCGGGCCCUCAGACCAUGGCUUCCAACAGCUGUGGGAGACUAGUUACUCUGGCCUGGCUCUGCGGCGGUCCUGCUCCCUGCCUGAGGAGCUCCAUGGUCGGGUGGAGGCUGCUCUGUUCACCCUGCGGCGGAGGGGCUGUUUCCUGAGGGACCUGGUGAAGGUGAGGGACCGAGACGUCUUCACCGCCGUGUCCCGGGUGCUGCUGGGUCAGCCAGGAACCACCUACCGCUAUCUGGACACACGGCUCUUCACCAUCCCCUGGCACACAGAUGAGCAGAGAGGGACCUGCUGCGACCCAGACCUCAGCGCCGCCUGCAAAGCACUCUGGGAGCUCAACUGCUUCUUCUGCUCUGAUGUCGGAGACAGGAAGGAGGGGGAUGUUUUCAAGCAGUGCAGGAACGAGUUGGUUGGUGCUAUAGAGUCUAAACCCAGUGUAGAAGGAGACACAGAGUCUAAAGAGAGCGAGGAGUCCAAACCCAGUGAUGAUGGAGGAGACUCGGAGUCCAAGCAGAGUGAGGAGGGUGAGACUGAGUCAAAGCACAGCGACGAUUGGGACAUAGAGUCAAAACACAGUGAAGAGGAAGGCUCAUCAUCCAAACAGGAUGCAGCGUGGGAGUCAAGACACGGCGACGAGAUGGGAGACAUGAAGACUAAACAAACUGAAUUGGGGAGUCCAAUGGUGUCAAAACAACACAGUGAGGGAAAACACACAGGCUGGAAGCACAGGCCAGCUGGCAGCACAGAGACAGAGACCACAGACCUAGGCCCUCAGGAGAAGCCUGUGGCUGAGCUAAAACACAGUCUCUCUGGGUACCACAUUGAAGAUGAGGAGGAUGAAGACCAGCAGAGUGGCCAGGGAUGCUCUAACCUCAACCCUGCUAAGACAUCCUGUGCUGGCCCGACCCAGUUCAACGUCACCCUGCUCAACUACAUGGACCCAGCAGCUAUGAGCCAGUUGAAAGAAGAGCCGUAUUAUGGGAUGGGUAAGAUGGCUGUGGGCUGGCACCAUGAUGAGAACCUGGUCAGCUUAUCUCCUGUGGCCGUCUACAGUUACAGCUGUCAUGACGACAAAGCAGGUGUGAGCUCGGAGGAGGGUCCUGCAGAGAAGGGCUGCUGGAGGAUUGGUCUAAAGGUGGCCUGGGACAUCCACACCCCUGGACUGACACUCCCACUGCAGUCCGGAGACUCCUACUACCUUAGAGAUGACCUGAACAGGACCCAUCAGCACUGUGUUCUGGCUGGAGACUCAGCCCGCUUCAGCUCUACACACAGAGUGGCGGAGUGUUCCACCGGGACCCUGGACUACAUCCAGUCCCGCUGCCGGGAGGCCCUGUCUAACCUGAGCACAGACCCAGAAACAGGGACCCACAGCCUACUGUCCCUGCUGCCAGCUACCCUGCAAGGCUACGAGGAGAUACACAACGAGGUGGAGUUUGAGUGGCUGAGGCAGUACUGGUUCCAGGGCCAGCGUUACACCCGGUUCUGCAGCUGGUGGUCCAGACCCAUGGAGCAGCUGGAGAAUGACUGGAGAGAGAUGGAGCUCAUGACGCAACUCUUACUGGCAGCGGUAGAGGAAGAGGGACAACCGGAGGAGGGCAGGAGAGAGAUGGCAGAGACCCUGCUAACUGCCCUGACAGAUAGACAGCAGCACAGACAGACCUGGAGAGACAGGUGCCAUUCCAGCCUGGCCCAGACCCUGCCCCCAGAAGAGGCCCCCGUGGACCGGCCGUUUUGGGCUGACGACGACCCCAGCAUGCCUCUGCCCUUUGACCUGGCUGACAUCAUCAACAGGGUGGAGUCACUCCUCUGGAGGAUGUGACGGAUGGGACACAAAGUAAAGAGAAGGAGAAAGAGAGCGAGAGAGUCACCCCGUCAUCUGAACAGCCUCUAUCGUGAGGACAGACGACAGAGGAGAACAGGACCUACCAACUCCUGAUGGUGUCAACGUCCUCCAAUGGGGGUAGACUUCCCCACCCCAGCCCACCCUGAACUCCACCCAACCCUAUACCUCGCCCCACCCCGCCCAAACCAGUCUCAUAUAGCUUUGCUUGGAUUGACUCAACAUGGCUGCAACAUGAGGAUGGAACCCUGAGUAGUGCUUUGCUAACAUGCUAUAGCUGGUAUUGGAACUUGUCUCACAAUGGUAAUGUGGAUAACCUGCAGAAUUAAAACUGAAUGUGUAGGAAUGUAUUAUUUAAAUGAAUGUUCUGUUUCUACAUUUAACCAGCUUUGUGUAUGGAUAUGACAAAUAGUCAUACAGAUGUAGGAUCUUAAUUUGACCAGACAUUUUUGUAGGGGUUAAAAUUUCCUGCAACAACAGGGUGAUCAAAUUAAAAUCCUAUAUCUGUAGUACAUUUAUACUUUCUGUUUCUAACUCAAUGUUGUUCUAAUUAUACUGUUGUAUCCUAAUGUCCAUUCACUUCCUGUAUUUCACGACUUUCUUGUUCAGAAUCUCCCAGGGCAUGACUUUGUGUUACUAAGAUGUGACUGACCGUGUGUGUGUGUGUGUGUGUGUGUGUGUGUGUGUGUGUGUGUGUGUGUGUGUGUGUGUGUGUGUGUGUGUGUGUGUGUGUGUGUGUGUGUGUGUGUGUGGUUGAAUGUGUGUGUGUGUGUGGUUGAAUGUGUGCCACUGCAGUAUUUACAGUAUGUGAUAUUGUAUAUGUGUGAAGCAGUAUGAUAGGGAUAGGGCCUGUAGCAGGGCUGGGAGAUGUUUGUGUUAGGGAGGAAAUGACAUGAGAGUCUAGUAGGCAGGUCUCUCUCUGCAGGCAUGUCUCUAGUCUGCUCUGUAGAGCUGAAAUGGCAGCCCAGGCAGACAGCUACUGUAGGGCUGAAAGGCAGCCCAGGCAGACAGCUACUGUAGGGCUGAAAGGCAGCCCAGGCAGACAGCUACUGUAGGGCUGAAAGGCAGCCCAGGCAGACAGCUACUGUAGGGCUGAAAGGCAGCCCAGGCAGACAGCUACUGUAGGGCUGAAAGGCAGCCCAGGCAGACAGCUACUGUAGGGCUGAAAGGCAGCCCAGGCAGACAGCUACUGUAGGGCUGAAAGGCAGCCCAGGCAGACAGCUACUGUAGGGCUGAAAGGCAGCCCAGGCAGACAGCUACUGUAGGACUGAAAGGCAGCCCAGGCAGACAGCUACUGUAGGGCUGAAAGGCAGCCCAGGCAGACAGCUACUGUAGGACUGAAAGGCAGCCCAGGCAGACAGCUACUGUAGGGCUGAAAGGCAGCCCAGGCAGACAGCUACUGUAGGGCUGAAAGGCAGCCCAGGCAGACAGCUACUGUAGGGCUGAAAGGCAGCCCAGGCAGACAGCUACUGUAGGGCUGAAAGGCAGCCCAGGCAGACAGCUACUGUAGGACUGAAAGGCAGCCCAGGCAGACAGCUACUGUAGGACUGAAAGGCAGCCCAGGCAGACAGCUACUGUAGGGCUGAAAGGCAGCCCAGGCAGACAGCUACUGUAGGGCUGAAAGGCAGCCCAGGCAGACAGCUACUGUAGGGCUGAAAGGCAGCCCAGGCAGACAGCUACUGUAGGGCUGAAAGGCAGCCCAGGCAGACAGCUACUGUAGGACUGAAAGGCAGCCCAGGCAGACAGCUACUGUAGGGCUGAAAGGCAGCCCAGGCAGACAGCUACUGUAGGGCUGAAAGGCAGCCCAGGCAGACAGCUACUGUAGGACUGAAAGGCAGCCCAGGCAGACAGCUACUGUAGGGCUGAAAGGCAGCCCAGGCAGACAGCUACUGUAGGGCUGAAAGGCAGCCCAGGCAGACAGCUACUGUAGGGCUGAAAGGCAGCCCAGGCAGACAGUUUGUGUAGGGCUGAAAGGCAGCCCAGGCAGACAGUUUGUGUAGGGCUGAAAGGCAGCCCAGGCAGACAGUUUGUGUAGGGCUGAAAGGCAGCCCAGGCAGGCAGUUUGUGUAGGGCUGAAAGGCAGCCCAGGCAGACAGCUACUAUAAUGUGUGGCUGAUAGAAGGAUCCCCAUCCCAACUGCCACUCUGUCUUCAUAAUUGCAGCUGUUCAAUGGCUUUUAAUUAGUCUUAAAGCUUGUAGAGCACCACUUUCCCUGUAUCGCUGCAGGCCAGAAACUCAGAUCCACGGCUUCUGACAAAACCAACCAGGAAAGAGAAGCUAUGGGUGAAAUGUGAUGGUUGUCAAAGCCAAGCAGAGCAGCCUUAUUUUUUAUUUUUUGGUAACACUUUAUUUCAGGGAUCAUCAACUUGAUUCAGCCACGGGACAAAUUACAAAUGAUUUGUUGACUGCAAAUUUACCCCAAGAAGCCCAAACAGAUAUAAUAUUUGACUAAAACGUAAUCAUUUUGAACCUUGCUUACAUUUGUACACAAUUAAUUGUCUCUCUAUUAUGCGUGGGAAUACUUGGGAAUUAUAGAAAAAUUAUUCUUAUUUUAUUUAUUUAUUUUGCUUAGAAAACCUGGGUGCGAAAUAAAACCACCGCCAGCUACCAGUUGGGCUGCUUUCUUUGACCUGGACACCAUAAUGCCUUUAGAACAAUGUUGUGAACAUGGCAUAAUGCUUCAUAGUCAUUGUGAAGCUUUAUGGCAUGUGUUGACAAGUUAUGACUCGUGGUAUGAAGCUUUAUAACAUGGUUAGGACAUUUUUAUGAAGGUUAUGAAGAGAUCAUGGUGUUUAGUUCAAAUGAAGUGUUACCAAUUUCUUUAUAUAUCUAUCUAUAUCAACAGGAAGUAGAACUGAUAUAUAGUGUUAAAAAUGUUGUUGUUUUUUUUACUUCUGGAAGUUUUUCCAAUUUCAAAUGUUAACGGUUGCCAAAAUGUUGUUCUCUUGCUUAAUCUUUUUGUAUGUUGACUGAGGUUGAGAUUGUAGACUGGCUGUAUUGUUGAGUUGAACAACUAUGUGCUCUCUGUUUCACAGCUCAGCUUGUCUGUCUGAAGCUUUAGGAAGGCAGUAAAUAAACCAAGACAGUGUUUUAUGACCCUC